UAGUGGUCACUCUGAACGCCUCAACCGGUUUGUCUGUUCGCUUUUCCCUCGUUCAACCGCUAAAUUUCGAAAAAUCCCACUAAUCCAACCAUCCAGCCAAUCAGCCAGCCACCAUCCAUCUCAACCAUCAUGGCGUUGGUCCACUCGGAUGAAGUGUCCUUGUACGAGGAUCAGCUAGGACUUUCAGAGAAACAAGGUCCCAAGGAUCAGCUAGGACUUCCAGAGAAACAAGGUCCCAAGGAUCAAGGGACCGGAGGGCCUCAAGGGCAUGGUGAUCACUUUGCCAUAGAAGGAACGCCCGAGAGUCCGCCACGCGAUUACGGAAAGCGAAUCCCCCAGAAGAGAACUCGUUCUUCGGAGACGGAACAUGAAGGGAUACAACGCCCUCAAAUCCCGGAUUAUCCCGACCGCUCGAUCGACCACAGUCCUCUGACUAAACGCCCGAGACCACAAACACUCGAAGAGGACGACCUAGAUGAAGGUGAGAUUACCAUAACAUUGCCCGGAUUAGAGGAACAAUUUAUGUCCAAUGAUAUUGGGCCCUGUGGUGAUGAUGGCGGAUCCAUUGGCCUGUUCCAAAGUCCGCAUUCAUCUUCGGAGAAGGAGAAUGCGGCCCCAUUGGCAGUUGUGGGUGGAUCUCUUCCGUUGUCGGGCGACUCGCUUCCAUUUUCUUCGCCUCCAUACUCGCCUGGCAUUGCCAAUUUAAGCGGUUUGUCGGGCGGUGAGAUCAGGGAAUUCCCGUCUUCGGCUCGUUCAAGUCAAACUAUUUACUAUGGAGAGUCCAGCAGCGAAGAUGACGUCACGCCCCGUAGACCAUCCCAAUCCAUUUCAAGGAGCCGCAAUGUCAGAAGGUCGUUGAUUUUCCUUCCCGACCAAGAAGAUUACUUGAGCCCAUCCAUCUGGGACAUUGAAGAUUAACAAGCUCCACAUCAGAAGAAAAAAUACGAAAUCAACCAGAUUCUAGUGCUAGGAUCCAAAUUCCGCUGCUCCACUCAUUGCAAUCAAUUUCGAAAGAAUCACGUGUUCCUGAUCAAAUCGUUCCUGAAUCAAAUCGUUCAUGAAAUUGUUGCCUUAAUCAAGAAUCAUAACGUGCAAACUUCGGAAUUUCAACUCCUCUGUGUGAUGUCAAAUUACUUCUCAACCAAACCUCGCAAAUCAGAAAAUAAAUCGGAAACGUGUAAGUUUUAA